UCCGCCGCGUCCGGCGCACGCGCGAGGCCGGGAGGAGCGCGCCCCGGCGGCGGUGGCGGCGGCGGCGGGAGCGGAGCGGCUGAGAGAGGCUGGCCGCGCGGGCGGGCAGGCAGCGGCAGCGCCCGGAGUCGGGCGGAGGGCGAGGCCGGCGGGGACGGCGGGAGCCGCCCGCCCGACCGCGAGCCCCUGAGUCGGUAGAUGGGGCUGCGCGGCGCCCGCGGCUGAGGAGAGGAACGGCGGCGCGGAGGCGGCCGAGGUGCGAGCCGGAGUAUUUCAUCGUCGCAGAUGAGAGGUGUUGCUCCUGGUGACCAGAUUCUAAGUAAGGGAUGCUGAAAGAGUGCCCAGGACAGCCCUGGAAAGAAAGCAGCAGUCACCCACAAUGUCAGCAGCACUGGGGUUGAUAAACACGUCGUAGGGUAUCAUUGACUGGAUGUGUGUGUUUACAAAGAUCAAUCAAAUAUUGACUGAGAAAGUGGAAUAGAAAUGCAGCAAGUUUUGGAAAACCUUACAGAGCUGCCCUCAUCUACAGGAGCAGAAGAAAUAGACCUAAUUUUCCUCAAGGGGAUUAUGGAGAAUCCUAUUGUGAAGUCACUUGCUAAGGCUCACGAGAGACUUGAAGAUUCAAAAUUAGAAGCUGUCAGUGACAAUAACUUGGAAUUAGUGAAUGAAAUUCUUGAAGAUAUCAGUCCUCUGAUAAGUGUGGAUGAAAAUGUGGCAGAACUAGUUGGGAUACUCAAGGAGCCUCACUUCCAGUCGCUCCUGGAGGCCCAUGAUAUUGUGGCAUCUAAGUGUUAUGACUCGCCUCCUUCAAGCCCAGAAAUGAACAUUCCUUCUCUCAAUAAUCAGUUACUGCCAGUCGAUGCCAUCCGUAUUCUUGGUAUUCACAAAAGAGCUAGAGAGCCGUUGGGUGUAACAUUUAGGGUCGAAAAUAAUGAUCUGGUAAUCGCCCGAAUCCUUCAUGGAGGAAUGAUCGAUCGACAAGGUCUGCUUCAUGUGGGAGAUAUCAUCAAGGAAGUCAAUGGCCACGAGGUUGGAAACAAUCCAAAGGAAUUACAAGAAUUAUUGAAAAAUAUUAGUGGAAGUGUCACCCUAAAAAUUUUACCAAGUUAUAGAGAUACUAUUACUCCUCAACAGAGUUACGUCAAUAUGGAGAGGCAUCCAGCCCACGUCCGUCAGGUAUUUGUCAAGUGUCAUUUUGAUUAUAAUCCAUUCAAUGAUAACCUGAUACCCUGCAAAGAAGCAGGACUGAAAUUUUCCAAAGGAGAAAUUCUUCAGAUUGUAAACAGAGAAGACCCAAAUUGGUGGCAGGCUAGCCAUGUGAAAGAGGGAGGAAGUGCUGGCCUGAUUCCAAGCCAGUUCCUGGAAGAGAAGAGAAAAGCAUUUGUUCGCAGAGACUGGGACAGUUCAGGACCCUUUUGUGGAACUAUAAGCAACAAAAAAAAGAAAAAGAUGAUGUACCUCACAACCAGGAAUGCAGAGUUUGAUCGUCAUGAAAUUCAGAUCUAUGAGGAAGUAGCAAAAAUGCCACCCUUCCAACGGAAAACAUUAGUGUUGAUUGGAGCUCAAGGUGUGGGCAGAAGGAGCUUGAAAAACAGGUUCAUAGUACUGAAUCCUGCUAGAUUUGGAACAACAGUGCCAUUUACUUCACGAAAGCCAAGAGAAGACGAAAAGGAUGGACAAGCGUAUAAAUUUGUGUCUCGAUCAGAGAUGGAAGCAGAUAUUAAAGCUGGAAAAUAUUUAGAACAUGGGGAAUACGAAGGAAACCUGUAUGGAACCAAGAUCGACUCUAUUCUUGAAGUUGUCCAAACCGGAAGGACUUGCAUUUUGGACGUCAAUCCACAAGCAUUGAAAGUAUUGAGGACAUCUGAAUUCAUGCCUUAUGUGGUAUUUAUUGCUGCUCCAGAGCUAGAAACCUUGCGUGCCAUGCACAAGGCUGUGGUGGAUGCAGGAAUCACCACCAAGCUUUUGACGGACUCUGACUUGAAGAAAACGGUGGAUGAAAGUGCCCGAAUUCAAAGAGCAUACAACCACUACUUUGAUUUGAUCAUCGUAAAUGACAAUCUAGACAAAGCCUUUGAGAAACUACAAACUGCCAUUGAGAAACUGAGGAUGGAGCCACAGUGGGUCCCAAUCAGCUGGGUGUACUGAUGAUUCAGUAAGGUUAUCAGUUAAAUAAAACUUUAAAACAGUGACUCAGCAAGUCGACCUUGUGCCGAGAGAGCACAUGCACAGGUGGAAGGCACCCGCCGCAUCUAGGCAUUUUUAUUGUGUAGAUUGAAAUAACAGUGCACUAGGUGGAAUUUUUAUAUAUUUGUGGUUGGGAAGGUGUACUAAUAUAUAAUUUCUCUUAAUUUUUCUAACUUUUUAUGGAUAAAACCUUUCUAUUCAUACCACAUAAAGAAAUGCGUUUAAGCAUUUUGUAAGUUUUAAUUUAGUACCCUUACCUUUUUCAUCAAAGGAGUUUUCAGAUCAUUCUCUCCAACAUUGAUCUUGCAUUUUCACUGUGAUAAUGAAUACUUGAAAUAGUUUUGUAAUGCUGUCAUUCUCGUAAGUAGUUAGUGAAGGAUCAAUUAUUCUCUUACUAGAAAAAAAAAUGUAGUUAUUGACCUUCAUCAAACUCCUUACAGAAGCAGAAUUUAAAUAUCAGUGCUACAGCUAGUCCAUUACUAUCUUAAUCUGUUCAGUGCCACCUCUUAUUCCAGAGUAUGGCUGUUGAUUCUUGUUUGUACAGUCAGCACCCCCCCUUCCCCAUCUCUCUAGUGAAUACAGUGAAGAGCAGUAGCGUGCACUCUCUAUGGGAUUAUUCUUUGAUUUGUCGCCGUGCUGUGCUGAUGCCGACUGAUGUUGCACAUUAGCUAUGGGAGCUGGGGUGGAAGCACGGUCACGCACCCAGAGCGUGCCUUGUCCUGCAGGACCUAACUCAGAGAGCACUUACUUAUUUUCAAAUAUAAAAUUUCAAACCUA